UAAACAGUCUUAUUCGUACACUCAAAAACGCACAGAGUAAAAAGAAAAAUCAACAUUCAGUUUAUAUUUAUGUCUCUCAAUCUAUUUUCACCAUAAUCCAAUUCCUCAACACACCAAAAACACUACUGCCAUGGGCGUUGUGGACAUGUCGAAUAACCAUCCUCCUCCUCAUGAAACCAAAGAUUUCUUUCCCUCUCCUGCUCUCUCGCUCAGCCUCGCUGGAAUCUUCCGAGAUGGCGGAAACGGGGAGACGGAGGAGGUUGAGGAUGGAAGUGGAAGUAGAGGACGGCCGAGAGAAGAAUCAACGGUCGAGAUUAGCAGCGAGACUUCUGGACCACUGAGAUCACGCGGUUCUGAUGAUGAUUUUGAGCAUGACGAUAUAACUUGGAACGAAGAUGAAGAAGAUCCUAACAACAACAGUAAGAAGAAGAAAAGAAAGAAAUAUCACAGACACACUGCUGAACAAAUUAGAGAAAUGGAGGCAUUAUUCAAAGAGUCACCGCAUCCAGAUGAGAAGCAAAGGCAGCAACUCAGUAAGCAAUUAGGUCUUCAUCCAAGGCAAGUUAAGUUCUGGUUUCAAAAUCGGCGAACUCAAAUUAAGGCAAUACAGGAACGCCAUGAAAAUUCUUUGUUAAAAGCUGAAAUAGAAAAACUUCGUGAAGAAAAUAAGGGAUUAAGGAAGACGUUGAAGAAUCCUUCUUGUCCUAAUUGCGGGCUUGCUUGCUCUAGCAAUGAUGCUCCUACUCUCCCCGCUGAAGAACAUCAAUUAAGAAUCGAAAAUGCCAGACUUAGAGCUGAGGUUGAAAAGCUUAGGGCAGCAUUGGGAAAAUACCCAAUAGGGACAUCACCGAAUAAUAAUAGCUCCUCGUCAUGUUCAGGAGGAAAUGAAGAAGAAAAUAGAAGCGCUUUAGAUUAUUACACGGGCAUUUUUGGGCUUGAAAAGUCAAGGAUAAUGCAUGUAGUUAAUCAAGCAAUGGAAGAAGUUAAAAAGAUGGCUACUAGUGGAGAACCACUGUGGAUCAGAAGCUUUGAAACUGGACGAGAAAUACUUAAUUAUGACGAAUACAUGAAGGAGUUUCCGACUGAAAAUUCCAGAGAUGGACGGCCUAAUAAGAGAUGUAUUGAAGCCUCCAGAGAGACGGGAAUUGUAUUUAUGGAACUCCCUCGACUUGUUCAGACUUUCAUGGACGUGAAUCAAUGGAAAGAAAUGUUCCCAUCGAUGAUCUCAAAGGCAGCAACAGUGGACGUAAUCUGCAAUGGUGAAGGUGCUAACUGCUGGGAUGGUGCAGUUCAGCUAGUAAGUAGCUUCAUACAUAUUGUUCUUUCUUUUUUAUCUUAUCGUAAACAUGUACACUACUAUAAUUACCCCCNACAAUUGAGCGUAGGUCAGUGGGCAAUUGUGGACGUUUCUGUGGACAAAGUUGAAGACAACAUUGACGCUUCUCUCGUGAAAUGCAGAAAAUUACCCUCCGGCUGCUUUCUCCAAGAACAAUCCAAUGCCCACUGCAAGGUAACUUGGGUGGAACAUCUGGAGUGCCAAAAAAGCACAGUUCAUUCUCUGUACCGUGUAAUUGUCAACAGCGGCCAAGCUUUUGGGGCAAGGCGUUGGAUAGCUACACUGCAGCAGCAAUGCGAGCGCCUCCUCUUCUCCAUGGCCACCAACAUUCCUACCAAGGAUACAACUGGUGUUGCCACACUUGCUGGUAGAAAAAGUAUACUAACAUUGGCACAAAGAAUGACAUGGAGUUUCUACCGUAUGCUUGGAGCUUCUAGUUAUAAUACAUGGAACAAGAUUCCUAGCAAAACUGGCCAAGAGGAUAUUAGGGUGGCAUCUAGGAAGAACUUGACAGAUACUGGUGAGCCCCAAGGCGUGAUCCUCUGUGCUGUUUCAUCCAUUUGGUUGCCAGUUUCUCGCAACCUACUCUUUGAUUUCCUGAAAGAUGAAACUCGUCGACAUGAGUGGGAUGUCAUGUCAAAUGGAGGUCCAGCGCAAUCCGUUGCAAAUUUAGCAAAAGGUCAGGACAAAGGAAAUGCAGUCUCAAUCCAAGCAGUGAAAUUAAGAGAAAACAACAUGUGGAUUCUCCAAGAUACUUGCACCAAUGCUUAUGAAUCCGCAGUAGUCUAUGCCCCAGUUGACAUUGCAGGCAUGCAAUCUGUUAUAACAGGCUGCGACUCGAGCAAUACUGCUGUGUUACCUUCAGGUUUUUCAAUCCUUCCUGAUGGCAUAGAGUCAAGGGGUUUAGUUAUAACUUCCAAACCAGAAGACAGAAGUUCAGAAGGAGGAUCCUUGCUAACAAUUGCUUUUCAGAUUCUAACUAGCAACUCUCCAACAGCUAAACUUUCUAAGGAGUCUGUUGAAUCUGUCAACAACCUUUUAUCAUGUACAUUGCACAAGAUCAAGACAAGUUUCCAAUGUGACGAUGCAUAUUAAUUCUUGUAGGUAGAAAUAUGCUAAUUUCAUUAUACAGAUGAUAUAGUUCUCCUCCUCCUUUACCAUUUUCAUCUGAAUAGAAUGACGAAAAGGAUUCACAUAAAGUGAUGAGUUCUUCCCCCCAUAAUUGUAAUCCCCCACAUUAAGAUAGACAUAUUUACUUCAGAUUCUCGACUCUUGCGAUGUUAUCAAGAUAACAACCAUCAAAGGAAACUUGUUACAACACAGAUGUGUAUAUACUACUAUAAGAAUUCUCGUCACCUCAUAUAUAAUUUUCUUUCUCUU